UUGGCUUGGAGGAACCAAUGCUCCUCACUGCCAACCGCAACCCGUGCUAGCUCUCUUUCCACUCUGCUUUCAGAUAGCCUCACUCAAAGGUUAGCUUGGCUGUUAGAGGAAGCUUCUAGCUCUUAGCCAUGGGCAUUGCCGGCGCUCUCAUCUUCCUCCUCUCGUCAUCCUGUUUCCUCGCCCGGCAAGCCGCUGCCGGCGGGUACGGGGGGUGGCAGAGCGCUCAUGCCACGUUCUACGGCGGCGGCGAUGCUUCCGGCACAAUGGGCGGGGCUUGCGGGUACGGCAACCUGUACAGCCAGGGGUACGGCACGAACACGGCGGCGCUGAGCACGGCGCUGUUCAACGACGGCGCGGCGUGCGGGUCCUGCUACGAGCUGCGGUGCGACAACGACGGGAAAUGGUGCCUGCCGGGCUCCAUCAUGGUGACGGCCACCAACUUCUGCCCGCCCAACUACGGCCUCCCCAGCGACGACGGCGGCUGGUGCAACCCGCCGCGCCCGCACUUCGACAUGGCCGAGCCGGCCUUCCUCCACAUCGCUCAGUACCGCGCCGGCAUCGUCCCCGUCGCCUUCAGAAGGGUCCCGUGCGUGAAGAAGGGCGGCAUCCGGUUCACCAUCAACGGCCACUCCUACUUCAACCUGGUGCUGGUGACCAACGUGGCCGGCGCCGGGGACGUGCGCUCCGUGUCCGUCAAGGGCACGCGCACGGCGUGGCAGACCAUGUCGAGGAACUGGGGCCAGAACUGGCAGAGCAACACCUACCUGGACGGCCAGUGCCUCUCCUUCAGGGUCACCUCCAGCGACGGUCGCACCGUCACCAGCAACGCCGCCGUGCCCGCCGGCUGGCAGUUCGGACAGACCUUCGAGGGCGCCCAGUUCUAGCCUGGCCUCCCUCGUGCCGGUCGCCGCAGCAGGAUAUAUACAUAUCGAUCUUCUUCUCCGAGAUUAAGCAUGCAUUGGAGAGAAGAAUUUAUUUUGCAUGCUGAUGAUCAUGCAAGAGAGGCAGGCAGAAGCGAAAAUUAGGCCUCUCCUUCGUUACAGUGAAGAAAGAGGUUCCGGUCCCGGGCUAUGCUGAGGGCUGCUAAUUAGCACCCCGCUUAGACGUUUUCUUUCUCUCCAGUUUAUGAAAGGCUUGAACAAUUCGAAGAAGAAAAAUUGUGUUAGUUAUUGCUAGCAGCUUUAAGGGAGUGGUUUGUACUCGAACUGGAGUGGAGUACUACUUUGUACUGGGCGGUGGCCUUUGUGAUGAAAUUAAAAUUCGCAAGGCCAAAUUUAUGGACCAAUGCUCUAUCUA